GUCAUCUAUAGUCAUCAGCAGCAAGCAUGCUCCAGAAGACCGCAACCCGCGGAUCUGCGCUAUCUCUGGCUACCUAAGCUCUGGGUGUCUAUGAGAAAAUUUCCUCCAAUGCGCCGAUGGCAAAGAGGGCACCGCAAAUAUUGACAGGGGGACAGUCCCACAACGAGUAGUGGGAUAGGUAAUGGACCUGUAUCUUACAGAAGAAUGACGCACCAAAGAAUUGCCUUAGAUCUACGAGUACGCGUCGAGAAUGACUUCAUCACGACAAUUACAAGCCUGGAAUAUUUGCAUAAAAAUGGCGCCCAUUCUCCAGCAGGAAAGCUCUAUCACAGACAAUCAUAGACAGCACUUUUGUACAUACAAAAAUGGCUUCCCAAAACACCGAUGCGCCAGUAUAUACUCUGGCUGAAGGACGUCCUGUUCAAGAUCCAACAGCCCAGACGGUACUUCGAGGCUCGCCGCUCAAAGGUGGUGGUCUCGCUCUACUCUCAGACACUCAGCUCAUUGAGACGCUUGCGCACUUUCCCCGCGAAAGGAUACCAGAGAGAGUUGUACAUGCAAAGGCUGCAGGAGCAUGGGGAGAGUUUGAAGUCACUCACGACAUUUCGCACAUCACAUCCGCCAACUUCCUGAACAAGAUCGGAAAGAAGAUCAAAGUCCUAGCUCGUAUCUCUACCGUCGCUGGAUCGAAGGGAUCUUCAGACACCGUCCGCGACAUCCGAGGAUGGGCACUGAAGUUCUUCACCGACGAGGGAAACUGGGAUAUGGUUGGAGAUGACCUACCCGUCUUCUUCAUCCGCGAUCCCGUGAAAUUUCCAUUUCUAAAUCGCUCCCAUCAAGCACACCCGCAGACACAUGUCCCGGACUCUACUAUGUUCUGGGACUUCCACAACAAUAACCAGGAAGGAAUGCAUGCGCUCAUGCAAUUAUUUGGCAACCGAGGCGUGCCGGAAUCUCUGCGAAACAUCACCGGCUACGGUGUCCACACUUUCAAAUUCGGCAAACCUGAAGAUAGAUCUUUCAAAUACGUAAAGAUCCACUUCAAGCCUGAUGCCGGCAACGUUACUAUGAAGUCUGCAGAUGCAGCGCGACUUGCAGGCGAAGAGCCAGAUUACCAUGUUAUGGAUCCCAAAGAGGCGGAAAACUACCGCUGGAAUAUUUUCGAUGCUACUAGGAUCUGGCCGCACGCGGACUACCCGCCCAUUCCAGUCGGCAAACUCACGCUAAACAAGAAUCCCGCGAACUACCACCAAGAUGUUGAGCAAGCGGCUUUCUCGCCAAGCACGUUAGUACCUGGCAUUGGUCCAUCAGCAGACAUCAUGCUUCAAGCAAGAAUGUUCAGCUACCCAGACGCGGCCCAUUACCGUGUUGGUCCAAAUUACCAACAACUGCCAUGCAACAGGGCCAAGAACGUUUACAGCCCCUACCAACGCGACGGUCCUAUGAGGAUGGAUGGAAACUAUGGUGCCGACCCCGACUACGUCCGCUCCUCAUUUCGUAAGAUUCAGUCCGGCCCACCGGAUGUUGCGCACGACAAGUGGGUUGGUGAAGUGAGCUCGUAUACAUCCGAGGUCACGGAUGAGGAUUUCGAGCAGCCGCGCAAUCUGUGGGCGUUGUGCAAGAAGUGGGGCGAUGACCAGAUCUUCAUUGACAACUUGAGCGGACAUAUGAAGAAGGCGUUGCCGCAGGUGCAGAGGGAAUCGAUCAAAAUGUUUGCCAAGGUCGACAAAGAGAUUGGUGAGAGGCUCGAGAAGGCAUUGGGUGAUUCGCUGUCCAUGAAGAAUGUGGACCAUGCAUACGCGACGUAUGGCCUGCAACCAACACUCGGCGGUGGAUACUAGAGCAACACUGGUAACAACUAGUGAUAUAUGAGAUAGUUAUUCAUUUCGUUUACUUCGUUUGUCGUCAUGACCAACUUUCAGAUGUUGGUAUCGCUAGAAUAUCAAACC